AUGACGAAUCGGCUUACUGAUCUUCGGCUUUUCAAAUCCAUCCUUGCCGGAUUUUUAAGCUUUACUGUUGUUUUGCUCAUCUUAUUCAACGUCAACGCAAUCAUCUCCCCCACUGGAUCUUAUCCGAUAUCACUGAAAACAAUACAAUCAGUAUCAUCCACAAUUUCUACAACCGUGGAAUUGCCCUUGGCCACCGAGCGUUGCCGUCAACUUCCGGGAGCCGAUGAUGUCCUGGUGAUUGUCAAGACAGGAGCAACUGCGUUGCGUGAGAGAUUGCCGGUGCAUUUCCAAACUACUCUGCAAUGUAUCCAACACUACGUGGUUUUCUCAGACAUGGAGGAAGAAUUCGAGGGCCAUUACAUCCAUGAUGUGCUGUCUGGAGUCAGUGCGGAGAUGAAGAAAUCCGCGCCUGAAUUCAAGUUCUAUCGCGAUUUGCACGAGAAUCGAGAUCGAGUGACUGAAUUCAUGGGGGAGAAUGCAGCUGUCCAAAGAAAGGCAUGGAAUCUCGAUAAAUGGAAAUUUCUCCCCGUUGUGGAAAGAGCUCUGCAGGCCAAACCGGACGCAAAGUGGUUUAUGUUCAUCGAGGCAGACACCUUUUUGGUUUGGUCUAACCUCCUCAAAUGGUUGGCAAAGCUAGACUGGAGGGAACCUUACUUCUUAGGACAACCAGUGACCAUGGCGGGCCAACUUUUUGCAUACGGAGGGUCAGGAUGGCUGCUAUCACGACCAGCUAUACAGCAAAUGACACAUCACAUGGCUUCCCAGAACCGUGAUUAUGAAUAUUUCACAAAUAAAACCUCAUUUGGGGACCUGAUUCUUGGUUAUGUACUAGAACAGGCCGGCCUUGGACUCACUGACUCGUGGCCUCUUAUCCAACGAGAAACACCAAGCACGAUGGAAUACACCCAAGAUAUAUGGUGUUAUCCUGUUGUCACUUUCCACCACAUCGAUGCUCUUGAUAUAAAAUCAAUCUGGGAUCUAGAGCAGGAAUGGAUAGCAGAUGUGCAAGCCCCUCUACUCCACUUUGACAUCUUCAACCAACUUAUAUACCCUCUCCUCGCUACAAAAAUUGAUGACUGGGAUAACUUCUCUAAUGGCGAGGAGAAAGCGCUUGCUCCUAAUGAAGGAUUUGAGGAUUGCAAGCUACACUGUGAGGAAGAUGUGCAAUGCAUGCAGUUCCGCUUUACGCCAAAGAAAUGUACCAUGUCCCAUUCAAUUACCCUUGGAUGGAAGGCAGAUCAUUCGAUAAACAGCAUCUCGGGCUGGAUGAUGGAAAGGAUCACCCAGGUCAAAGCAAGAGUUAGAUGUGAAGAGGAAAAGUGGAUAUAA